CAGAGGAGCCGGAUGGCUUGAAUGGAGUAGCUGGCAAGCCCAUGGGAAGCACGUAGCCGAGUCGCCUAUUUUGACAAAUGACAACCCUACUCUCACGUACAAAUGUAUGCAUGCAGCCACAACUUUCUAUAAAAUCCAUCUUCUUGGCCAACUCUAUUCACCAUCUAAAAAAUAUCUCCUAUAUCCCCCUUUCAACCCCAAAGCAAAUAUUCUCUCUUUUUGAGACUUAUGAUAGAGAAAAUAAUAUAUACAUACAAAUCAGAGUUGAAGUCAUUUCAAGGCUCAUCAUCAACUGUUUCAAAAUCAUGUUUGCUCAAGGUUCAUGCUCACCGGCUAAACAGGAUGUCGAGAUUGUCGAAGGAAGUCAUAAAAAAGGCCAAGGUAGGCAAGCUGAAGAUGGAGAUUAUGGAAAUGGAGAACUUGAAGCUGUAUAUGAAGAACAAAAGAAUUUUUGAAGAUAACCAAAGGCUCCAAAAGGAAGCUCUUUUUCUUCAACAGGAGAACAAAGAUUUGCUAUCACAAAUACAAAAAAUAUAUAAUUCUCAUAACAGCAGCAAAAUAAAUUAGCAACAACAUCAAGAUUGUUGCAAUAUCUCCUCCCAAAAAUAGAAUAGAGUUGCAUACGUAUUAUAAGAUUUGACAGUGUUUUGCAUUAGUGUUCAACUUACAAGAAUUCUUCUUCGAGAGGACUGGAUAUGAAAUGUCGUACUGUCAACUUACAACAACUCUUCUUCUUUACCCGGGUUCAGGACUGGCUAUAGAAAACCCCAAGUGGAGUUCUUGGGUGUAUAUUACAGUAGUAAUUUCCACUUUAAGCUUAAAAUAUUGAUAUGUAAUAUAAAAGAAGCUUUAAUUCUCAGUUA